AUGGAGGCGGCACACUCCAAAUCCACAGAGGAAUGUUUGGCCUAUUUCGGGGUGAGUGAGACCACAGGCCUCACCCCGGACCAAGUAAAGCGGCAUCUGGAGAAAUAUGGCCCCAAUGAGCUGCCCGCAGAGGAAGGGAAGUCCCUGUGGGAGUUGGUGGUGGAGCAGUUUGAAGACCUGCUGGUCCGCAUCCUUCUCUUGGCCGCCUGCAUUUCCUUUGUGCUGGCCUGGUUUGAGGAAGGUGAGGAAACCAUCACUGCCUUCGUGGAGCCCUUCGUCAUCCUUUUGAUUCUCAUCGCCAACGCCAUUGUGGGGGUUUGGCAGGAGCGGAACGCGGAGAACGCCAUCGAGGCCCUGAAAGAGUAUGAGCCCGAGAUGGGGAAGGUAUACCGGGCUGACCGCAAGUCCGUGCAAAGGAUCAAGGCACGAGACAUUGUCCCCGGGGACAUCGUGGAGGUGGCUGUGGGUGACAAAGUCCCCGCCGAUAUCCGGAUUCUCUCCAUCAAGUCCACCACCCUCCGCGUGGACCAGUCCAUCCUGACAGGUGAGUCAGUCUCUGUCAUCAAGCACACGGACCCAGUACCAGACCCCCGGGCUGUCAACCAGGACAAGAAGAACAUGCUCUUCUCGGGCACCAACAUUGCAGCUGGCAAGGCCUUGGGCAUUGUGGCUACCACCGGUGUGAGCACUGAGAUUGGCAAGAUCCGUGACCAAAUGGCUGCCACGGAGCAGGAUAAGACCCCUCUGCAGCAGAAACUGGAUGAGUUUGGCGAGCAGCUGUCCAAGGUCAUCUCCCUCAUCUGCGUGGCUGUCUGGCUUAUCAACAUCGGCCACUUUAACGACCCCGUCCAUGGGGGCUCCUGGUUCCGAGGCGCCAUUUACUACUUUAAGAUCGCUGUGGCCUUGGCUGUGGCCGCAAUUCCGGAAGGACUCCCUGCCGUCAUCACCACCUGCCUGGCCUUGGGCACCCGCCGCAUGGCAAAGAAGAACGCCAUUGUCAGGAGCUUGCCAUCAGUGGAGACUCUGGGCUGCACCUCAGUCAUCUGCUCUGACAAGACCGGCACCCUCACCACCAACCAGAUGUCUGUGUGCAAGAUGUUUAUCAUUGACAAAGUGGAAGGUGAUACCUGCGUCCUGAACGAGUUUUCCAUCACUGGUUCAACAUAUGCUCCAGAAGGAGAGGUCAUGAAGAAUGAUAAGCCCAUCCGGGCAGGGCAGUAUGACGGGCUGGUGGAGCUGGCCACCAUCUGUGCCCUCUGCAAUGACUCUUCCCUGGACUUCAAUGAGGCCAAAGGUGUGUAUGAGAAGGUGGGCGAGGCCACCGAGACAGCCCUCACCACCCUGGUGGAGAAGAUGAAUGUCUUCAACACUGAAGUCAGGAGCCUCUCGAAGGUGGAAAGAGCCAAUGCCUGCAACUCAGUGAUCCGCCAACUAAUGAAGAAGGAAUUCACCCUGGAGUUCUCCAGGGACCGGAAGUCCAUGUCUGUCUACUGCUCUCCUGCCAAGUCCUCCCGAGCCGCUGUCGGCAACAAGAUGUUUGUCAAGGGUGCCCCCGAGGGGGUCAUUGAUCGCUGCAACUAUGUGAGAGUCGGCACCACUCGCGUACCCAUGACUGGGCCCGCAAAGGAGAAGAUCAUGUCUGUGAUCAAGGAGUGGGGGACUGGGCGUGACACUCUGCGCUGCCUGGCCUUGGCCACCCGGGACACACCCCCGAAACGGGAGGAGCUGAUUCUGGAUGACUCUGCCCGGUUCAUGGAGUACGAGACUGACCUGACCUUCGUGGGUGUGGUGGGCAUGCUGGACCCGCCCCGCAAGGAGGUUACUGGCUCCAUCCAGCUGUGUCGUGAUGCCGGGAUCCGGGUGAUCAUGAUCACCGGGGAUAACAAGGGCACAGCCAUCGCCAUCUGCAGGCGGAUUGGCAUCUUCAGUGAGAACGAGGAGGUGACAGACCGUGCCUACACUGGCCGUGAGUUUGACGACCUGCCCCUGGGGGAGCAGCGGGACGCCUGCCGCCGCGCCUGCUGCUUUGCCCGAGUGGAGCCCUCACACAAGUCCAAGAUCGUGGAGUUCCUGCAGUCCUUUGAUGAGAUCACGGCCAUGACAGGUGAUGGUGUGAACGACGCCCCUGCCCUGAAGAAGGCUGAGAUUGGCAUAGCCAUGGGCUCGGGCACUGCUGUGGCCAAGACGGCCUCAGAGAUGGUGCUGGCAGACGACAAUUUCUCCACCAUCGUGGCGGCCGUGGAGGAGGGCCGCGCCAUCUACAACAACAUGAAGCAGUUCAUCCGCUACCUCAUCUCCUCCAACGUGGGCGAGGUGGUGUGUAUCUUCUUGACGGCCGCCCUGGGGCUGCCUGAGGCCCUGAUCCCUGUGCAGUUGCUGUGGGUGAACCUGGUGACUGAUGGGCUCCCGGCCACAGCGCUGGGCUUCAACCCACCUGAUCUGGACAUCAUGGACCGGCCCCCCCGCAGCCCAAAGGAGCCCCUCAUCAGUGGCUGGCUCUUCUUCCGCUACAUGGCCAUUGGGGGUUACGUGGGGGCAGCCACGGUGGGAGCAGCCGCCUGGUGGUUCUUGUAUGCGGAGGAUGGACCACACGUCUCCUACAGCCAGCUGACUCACUUUAUGCAGUGCAACGAGGAAAACCCCGAAUUCGAGGGGCUGGACUGUGAGAUCUUUGAGGCCCCUGAGCCCAUGACAAUGGCCUUGUCAGUGCUGGUCACCAUUGAAAUGUGCAACGCUCUCAACAGCCUGUCUGAGAACCAGUCCCUCUUGAGGAUGCCGCCCUGGGUGAACAUCUGGUUGCUGGGCUCCAUCUGCCUUUCCAUGUCCCUCCACUUCCUCAUCCUCUACGUUGACCCUCUGCCCAUGAUCUUCAAGCUCCGGGCCUUAGACAUGAACCAAUGGAUCAUGGUUCUCAAGAUCUCCUUGCCGGUCAUCGGGCUGGACGAACUCCUUAAGUUCAUUGCCCGGAACUAUCUGGAAGAUCCAGAAGACGAGAGAAGGAAGUAA